AUGAGCCGCGUUUACCAGGACCGCGCCCUGCGCAACAAGGCUGUGCACAACGUUGCGUUCACCGGCGCCUGGGACCCAGCCACGUACCAGGGGGGCAGUGGCAUCCUUCUGGAGGGAACCCUUGCCGAUAUCUCUCGCCAUGCCAUUUCGGACGCCCACGGCAGGAAGGAGCGCUACUAUGUGCUGCACGUCCGACCCAGCCGCAUCCAUCGCCGCAAAUUUGACCCCAAGGGCAACGAAAUCGAACCAAACUUCAGUGACACCAAGAAAGUGAACACAGGCUUCCUCCUUUCAUCAUUCAAGGUGGAAGCCAAGGGGGCCACGGACAGGCUCUCACCCGUGGAGCUGAAGGGGCUGGUGGAGAAACCGGAUCUGCUGGAGCUGACCAAGGGCCAUACACCAGACCAGGCCGUGGCCUUCUGGAUGCUGGAGACCGACAUGGAGAAGAUGGAGCUGGAACUGGGGGAGGAGGUUCGCCUGAAGACCCGGGGCGACGGCCCUUUCAUAAGCUCUCUUGCCAAGGUCGAAGCCGGGACAGUGACCAAGUGCAACUUUGCCGGGGACCGGCAGGUGGGGGCUUCGUGGACCGACAACAUCAUGGCGAAGAAGUCCUCGGAAGGGGCAGUGGCGGAGCCCCGCGGGCUGGGAGAUGGGGCAGAGGAAGAUGAGUGGGACGACUGAACCGCCACAGCGAAGGCCUCUGGCCUUAGAUCGGACCUCUUCAGGCUGCCUUCUCUGGCUGUGUGGCCCGGGGAUGGGGAGGGAAAAAGCUCUUGCUUGAGGGGUUCGUGCACAGCACCUUUUUCAGCGGCCCGGCACCCGGAAGAAUCUUCUCUGCAGCCCGGCUUGGGAGUGGGUUCAGGGCAGGCUCCGUGCUUUGACUCCUGGGCUGCUCCAGUUGCCCCCAGGGCAGUCCUGCUUCACAGAAGGACGUUGUCAUCAGGGCCGGGAGAGGAGGAGGAGUCCCGCUGGGCAGCAGUCAGGCGGCUCCAGCCUGAGCCGGGCCUUGGUGACAGUCAUCUGAUUGCAAGACCCCAGAAGCGCUUCCCUGGGAACAAGAAGGGAGCCUGGUGUCCGGUGGUAAUUUUUUUGAGGAAGCCCCAUCGGCCAUGUCUUUCAUCAUCUGCUGGACCGUAUGAACACUUCUACUCCCCUUUUCCCCCUCUCUGUGCUCCUUCCUUCUGCAGUGGUUUGUGUGGCUACAUCCACCAUCUCCCCUCCCCGGCGCACUUUCGGUUCCUCAUCCCUGGUCCCUGUGGAUGGGCGGUUUUCCCUGGUUCCACCCUUGUUCUGUAGUUGUACUCAUCCCAGCUUUCAGGUCUACAAGCUCCUGGGUUGGUUCCGGUUUCCUGGAGUGGCAUGAUAAUAAUUAUGGUACUUGUUAAGCGCGUACUAUAUGCCAAACACUGUUCUAAGCCCUGA